GACAUCUCCUAUGAGGACAGCUCGUUCCGGGUCACCAAUGUCGAGCUCUCACACAGCACCUGCGACGCCAAGCUCCAAGUCAACGUCUCCUCCGACCUUGGCCUCGCGCCCUUCAGCAUCAGCGCCGCCAACCGGGAGCUCUUCUUCCUGUACGACUGCAUCGACCUGCAGGCGGCGCAGCAGCCACCUACGCAAUGGGCGCCCUUGAACUGCGACAGCAACUCGUUCGCGUGGCUUGCCGGGGGUUACAAGCUCGACGACAAAUGGCCGCUGGUGCCGGGGAACUGCUCGGUGUCGAUGAUGGCGCCGGUGAUGGGGUACCCGGGGGCGACCGCGGCGAACUACCACAAGCUGAUGGAGCGCGGGUUUCGUCUCGAGUACACGGCCGGCGAGUGCACAGCGUGCAGGGACACCGGUGGGCUUUGCCGGAUCAACACCACCUACGACAUCUUCGAUUGCCAAUGUCCCAGCGGCAUGUCUGACGGCCCCUUAAUCUGCGGUGAUGAAUUCAUCAUCCCCGCAGAAAAAGGUAAUCGAUUCAACUCGUUUUUACCUCUUUAAACCAUCUCAUAUGCCAUGUAUACUACUAGUUCAAACCCACGUUUAAAAAAUAAGACUAGGUGCACAAUUUUGUCACAAAAAGAUAGACUUUAUUCAGGAAAAUUACAGAAUAAUUUCGGGAUUCCAAAUUUCGAGUCAUUUCAGGGAGGCGCAAAUUAAAUAUGUCGACAUUCCAAAUUGUAAACCCUCCCUUUGCCCUUCCAAAUCUUAAACCAAUUGAUUGACACAAUUUUUUUUUAUUUGGGUCGGUUGAUUGGUUUCUAGCCAUUCGAAAGAAAAUAAAUGCUAGAUGGGUGUCUUCAAUCUCCAGAUGCGUGUCUUCAAUGUCCAGACAGCCCUCUUCCACACCUCUAACUGCCAAGCCAUCGCAGGCCUAACCGCCUGCUACCAUCGCCUGCAACCGGCGUGCUCCCACGUUGCGCUGCUCUGCCCUCCCUCAAACCGCCGUGCUGCCGCCGCCCCACCUCUAACCCUGGUCAUGAACCAUUUUUUCGAUGAACCUGUA